CGUCUCCCAACACUUCAAACUUCCAUGACGCUCUUCGCAAGACCCGAGCCAACGCUAGUUGCCUUCGGGUCCAUUGGUGACUCGAAACCCCAUUUCUAGGUUUCAGAUCAAAGUCGAGGUCGUCAGUUCAGCCAAGGAUCAUCAAUUCCACCACUCGGAGAGUCGGAGCCCACACCGACAACCUGGACCUACCCCUCCUCGAGUCCAAUCUCACCGCCCUAUGAUCAGCACGACCCCAAUUCCACCUUUCUCGCCAUGGCUGAUGUCCGCGCUCUCCUCCGGCAGCAGCGCGCCGCCCGCAGGAUAGAACAUCCCCACGCUGCCUACUCGGACAGCGGCAAGCUCCUGUGCACCCUGUGUCAUGAGCACGUCAAGACCGAGGCCCUCUGGGAUGGUCACCUCAAAAGUGCUUGCCACAGGCAACGGCUGCAGAACCUACACAAAACACCGUCAGACGGUGGUGGAUCGAAUGGGUAUGCUGGCUUCGUAGGCGAGGGCUCGGAACGGAACGGAGACGGCCUAGCUCCAUCAACCAAGCGGAAGCUGGCCGAUUCAGACGAGGAGAUGGGCGACCACGCUGGGGAAGGCACCGCACGGAAGAAGCGUAGUAGAGCGGAAUUAAAGGCGGUAGAUACAAGCCGGGAGGAUGUGGCAGCAGCAGCAGCAGCAGCGAAGAAGGACGACGUCAGCAGGUUGGCCAAGCCAGUGACGCCCCCGCCCGCUCGCCGAACGUCGGGCACUCCCACCAUCGGCGUGGAGAUUCAAAUCCCUUCACGGCCAGCUACACCUGGCCCGAGUUCAACGCCAAUGGCCACAACCCCGAUAGCGGCGCCCCUUGGUCGGUCCCCGCUUAUACCCGACGAGCCAAACGCGCCGCGGCAGCACCAGAAAGCGCAACCCUUGCCAGCAGAAACCGAUGCGCAGCCACAAGAAGCUGACAAGGCCCCGGCAACAGCACCACCGGUAAACGAAGACGAAUGGGCCGCCUUCGAAGCGGAAUUGGUGCACGGGACUGCUACCCCGACCAACAAACCCGCCAAGCCGGCUAUAGCGGCGCUAGACAGCGACGCAGUCAUCUCGGCGCCGGUAAUGACCGCUGCUGAGAUAGCGGCCAAGUCAAAGGAGGAAGAGGCGGCGAAGCGGCGGGCGCUGGUGGAUAUCCAGCUCGAGGACGAGAAGGAAGAAGCCACGCGGGCGUUGGAGACCGAGUUCGAAGUCAUGGAGGAGCUUGAAGCCCGAGCCCGGAAAUUGAGAGAGCGCCGGGAGGCCUUGAGGUUACAAGGUGGUGGCGGCGGCACUGGAACUGCUGUGACAGCAGCUGGCGAUGUUGAGAAGAAUGCGCCCGUUGGGAAAGAGAACGCCGCCAACCUGGAUGAGGAGGAAGAGGAGGAGGAGGAGGAGGAGGAAGACGACUGGGAUGGUUUCAGGUUCCGGGCGUAGGGGCGACGUCUGCUCUGUCCGGGGAAAGAUAUACCUUGUACAUUAUACCUGUAUAAUCCGGUACGUACGGAGAUGUAAUAAUACAACGGC